AUGAUCCUUUGUCGAACUCGCCCAUCCAUUUUCAUUCCAAUAAUCACGUUUGCAUGGGAAUCUGUGGCAGCCUUGAUAGGUGCUGUUCGUCAUCAAGGCCAGCUGAUAGCCCUAAGAUUUCUUCUCGGUGUGUUCGAAGCAGGGUUUAGUCCAGCUGUCAUCUUCUUAAUUUCUACAUGGUAUCGAAAGAACGAGCAAUCAAAACGAUUCAUCAUCUUCCUAACCGCAGGUAUACUCUCAGGAGCCUUUGGGGGCGUAAUCUCGGGAGCCAUCACAUCGACAUUAGACGGCGCACAAGGUAUCCGUGGCUGGAGAUGGCUCUUCAUUGUCGAAGGAGUCGCAACUGCUGGAGUCAGCUUGUUCGUCCACUGGACUCUACUAGACUACCCGCACAGCAGUCGCGGGCUCUCCUCCGAAGAACGAAAGCUAGCCCAACAGAGACUCAUGGAAGAUGGAAUCGACCAAGGCGACUCGAAGACCCAGAACACCUCUAUCUUUAUACUCUUACUCAAAGCACUCUCAAAUUGGCGCGCCUGGGUACUGAUCCCGGGAUACAUAACCCUUUCGGGGCCCGGGGCUAUCUCAUACUUCUAUCCAACUUUGAUCAACGAUAUGGGAUAUACCUCCACCAACGCGCAGUACAUGACAGCUCCGCUGUAUAUUGCCUCUCUGUUUGCCGCUGUCCCGAUUUGCUGGUUCGCUGACCGCGAGCCCCAUGCUAGGGGACAGCUACUGGUGGGCAACAUGAUAGUCGGGAUGGUGUUUUUUGCUCUUACAGCGGCCAUUCGAAAUUAUAUUGCACGAUACGUGCUUUUGUGCUUCAUUAAUAUGACUCUCUGGACAGGAGGCGCGCUUGCUCUUUCAUUUGCUACUACGGCUCUGGCUUCGGUCACUCCUGAUGUUCGUGCGAUCAUGCUCGCGUGGAUACCUGCCGUUGCUGCUUUGGCGCAGUUAUAUGGGAGUGCCCUGUUUCCAGCGGAAGACUCGCCUGGGUAUGUCGUCGGGUUUUCUGUCUUUGCUGCUACUUUUGCCGUCGGGUCCGUUUGUCAUGGCCUAGCGGAUAUUUUGUUCAAGCGUUAUCCGUGA